AUGGCCCCGACAAAGAAGCUUAUUUUCCGAUCAACCUUAACCCAGGCAUUUUUGGUGGGCUUUUUGUCAUUCACGCAGCCAGGCAUUUAUGCUGCAAUUGCAAAUAUGGGAGCUGGAGGCCAGGCUACCACCAGGACGUGGAAUAUAUCGACGGUCAUUCUGAACGCAAUGGCGGUCGUGCUAGCACCCAUAUCUGCACUUUUUGCCAAUAGGUUUGGACUAAAGCCAACGUUACUCAUUGGAUGCAUAGGACACACGAUCUACUCCGCAUCGUUGUACUACAACACCAAGACCGGAAACCAGGCGUUCAUUUUGGCAGCAUCUGCUCUCCUGGGGAUUUCUGGGGCUGCUUUUGGAUGUCUGAAGGAGCCAUUGUGA